UGUGAGUAGCAGCUGUGUAAUCUGCUCGUACAGAACUGUGUCUGCUAGUGAAGCUUGCCUGAGCUGUCAUUAGUUUAGUGCAUUUGAAAGUGAAUAGUAUUUGACAUUCGAUGUAUUUGCGCUGGAUUCGUGUAACUUUUUUUUAGUGCAUCUAUUUUGCAAUUGAACACCUUAAGCUGAAGCCUGAAACUUAGUACCUAAACGCUAGGCGCAGAAAAGCCUUGUGCGUUAAUUUAGUAAUCGGAAAUGAUGUCUUACGUUAUGCACCAGCAUUUGAAAUGACUUUAAGGUCCUGAUGUGUAAUUUUUAUUCGACGUCUGCCGAUGGAAUUUUUCUCGCGAACUUUUGAUUAUUAUGAACUGAAUGAUGUCUCAUUGAUUGAGCUGCGUGUGACAAUAUUUGAGGAGACUCGUCUAGUGGCCAUCACUUGAUAUAUGGGAGGUAGAAGGCAAGAAGGAAUGUGAACAAAAUGGGAAGUUGUCCUAAGUUGUGCCUUCGCUGGAACAAUCACUCUGCCAACCUCUUGGAGUCUCUCAACUGCCUUCUCUCUACCGAGCAACAUUCGGACGUCACACUCGCCUGCCAAGGCGAGGUAUGGCGUCUUCAUCGUUUGGUGUUGAGCGCCUCUAGCAGCCACUUUGCCAGUCUCCUGGCAGACGUCACCCCUGGGCAGUCACCUCUGAUCAUAGUAGAUGGGCCUACCGCUCAUGAUAUCGCUGCCCUGGUCAGGUUCAUUUACUACGGCGAAGUGAGCGUCGACCAGGAACAUCUGCCCGAUCUUCUCAAAACUGCAUCAGCGCUCAAGAUCAAAGGCCUUGCUGAGUUUCCGUUUGAGGCUUCAGGGGCACCUGGUGAGCAUUCUGGACUCCUGUCUGUGCCGCGUGCUGUCAUUUCAACUAACGAAAUUAUCGAUGGCAAGUUUCCACAUGCCUCAUAUCUAUCGAGUGCGUCUUCAAGCGCAAUUUAUGCACCAGACGAGGAGGUUGAACCAAAAUCUUAUCCUGCCGAAGCACUACCACUGAAUCUUUCUUGCAAGCGGGAUAGUUACGGAGAAAAUUGUUUGAAAGGGCCCUUGGUUUCUAAUCCUGAAGAACGUGAAGCUUGUCUUCCACGUUCUGUGCCGAUCCCAAAUGAAGGCCGCAUAAAUGUUCCGAAUUACAUCGGCAGUGAUCAAAGAACACACGAAGCCUUUGUUAAUGACUCAUCUUCAACAAAUAGGCGUGAUCAUGCAUUCAGUAAAACGUCACACUUAAGUGAGUCACAACCUUGCAUACUCUUUCCUAGGGCCGAUGUGUCAUUCGGUGAAACUUCUUGUGUUGCUCGAGCUCCGUCUCGUUAUAUCGUAGCUGAUAGCCCUGGUUUUCACGGUAACCUAUCCGGAUUAAAAUUUGCAUCUGGAGUCAUACGUGAAGUUCGUGCGGUGAGCCUCCCUGAAACAGUAUCAACUACUGGGAGCCAAGCAUCGCCAAACUUCAAUCUAAAUCUUCCUUCUGUAACGGUACCGAUCACCCAGACGAAUUUAGCUCACAAAGAGUCUUCUGUGCUGGUCCUACCUCAGCCUCCGAUGAAAAGGUUGCGGACUCGGGAAACUGGUUUGUUUCACUCGCCUCAACCAUGCAUAGGCGGGCGAUCGGGCAUCCCUCAAGUUCAUCAAGGUGGUCGUUUCUCUCCCUGUUCGACGGGUGUUAAUACUUCACAAUCAUCCACUAUAGUACCUUCGACUUCAGGAAAUUUGAACAGCCCAAUCAAAAGACAGGAAGAGUAUAACAACGCUUCACAAGGAUCACUAUCAAAGGGCGAGGCUACCUCCGAGGGUUUCCAAAAGUUACCUCCCAAAAUUUCAUCACAUUCUGUUUUGGCUCAAAAGUUUAAAUUUGUACCGAUAAAGACGGAGUUGCCUGCAUCCGAUGAGAGCGCUAAGUUGAGAAGCCCUAAUGAGGCGACGUCAAAAAUGACGUUCGUCAAGGGUCAGCAUGUAGUCGUCAAGUCAGAAUCGAUUGCAAUCAAAACUAGUCCACGUUCCAGCACAGAUGAUACAUAUUCCCCUGGAGAUCCAGAAUUUGGGGCCAAUCCAAUUCUGUCAUCGGCUUUCUUAUCCAACAAAGUUGUACCGCAAGUGUCGCCCCACUCAGUCGGCAUACCCACUACUUCGCCGCAUAAGAUCUCACAGUCGUCGCACGUUCCCAACGCCAAUUCCCCUUCUGCGCCUGCUGCUUCGCUGCCAUCUUCUGCCGUUUCAAACGUGUUUCCGUCCCUGCCUACCGACACAAAACAACACUUCAGAUCAAAAUUAGCAGAAGAGAUUGAGUUAUCCGCUGACUUGCCUUCCCAGUCAAGCUUGGGCAAAGGUACAGACAGGUCCCGAAGUUGCAGCAGUCCGGGGGUGUUCUUGUCUCAAUGCAUGCCGAGCCAGUGUAAUUCUCCAAGCUUUUCCCUGACAUCUUCAGUGGCUCCUGCCACGACUACAGCGACCUCUUCUGCGUCUACGUCGCCGGGCUCGUCGACUGUGGCUGCUGCUGAUGGUUCCUCGGCGUCAUCACAAAGAGUCUCUAUUAAUAUGAGGACCUUCAAGGAGGAGUGGAGGAGGCAGCUGCUUGUAGAUUACGACACACGAACAAACAUGAGCAUUUGCAUGCUGUGCUUCACUACCUUCAAGUCGUACGAUGGGCCACGCAAGAACACGUAUGUCAAACAUGCCAAGCGUUUCCACCCUACCCUGGACAAGUAUGAUGAACACGAGCGUGAUGUCAUCAUUCAGAGCUACGAAAGGCAGUUCAAAUACGACCAAGAUAUGCAAAAGGAAGUCAAUAAAACGUUCAAGUGUGGUGGAGUAAGCAGUGGCGCCACUAGUGGUCGGCUAGGGAAGGUGUGGCGCAUGUCAGUGACGGGAACGACGGGCGUGAAUGCCAGUAGUGGAAGCAGCACGGGUAGUGGCAGUCUUCCUGGCAGCAGACCUGACACUGAUGGCGAGGACGAUGGAGGAGUGCAUCAUUUGGUCACUCGUCGCUCGGAGUCACCUGACAGCGACGGCAGCGUCGACCAUCAGGAAGGACCUCCUGACGCCGGUGUUAGCUCGCGACGCGAGAGCGGCGACCGCUCGUCUCAAACAUCCACGGCAUCCGCACUCAAAAUGAAGGCUUUGACCACUACGGUCUUGUCAACUACAUCUCCUUCGGGAGCUGUUCGUCCUGAAGUUGCAUGCAGUAGUCCACCGACGCCCGCACCUGUUCUUGCCUCCCCAAAUGUUGUUAUUCCGAACACGUCACAGAAUGUUACUCCCGUAACUCUUCUUCCGACGCUCGCUUCAGGGUCUGUCGUGGUCUCAGCUCCAUCAACUCGCAUGUCGUUUGUAUCAUCGUCGAUGCCGUGCUCGUCGACGUUGGUCUUUGCUAACAUAGUGCCGUGUACGACUUCUGCAAGCGGCCUGCACCUCGUCACGACUUCGUCGAAGCAUGCGUCAUCGGAUUCUGCAAACGUUCUCGUCAACAAUAACGAAGUGCCGGUUGUUGGGAAAAUUGGAGUCAGUAUUGUUAACAGUCGCAUUGGCCCGCAGCUUCCCUUUGCUACUUCUCCCACGUCUAUUCAUUUGUCUCCUUCACUUCCUUUGACCGUUCCUGUGCCAUCUACUCGAAUCAACUCACUAACGAGCUAUUCAACGGCUUCAUCGCUCGUUAGCUCAUCAUCUUCCUCUACUAUAGUGGGAUCUCGCCUCCCUUCGUCUGGAGCUGGCGAGGGCCACAAGACUGUGAGUGGGGCAGAAAUACCCGCUUCUUCAAGACCAACCAACGUCGUUGCAGCAGCUGAUGGAGCUGACAAUAGCACUGCAGUCAAGGUUGCCGCAAUGUAACACUACGCUGAUAUUGCUUGCUGUGAUGAUUGAACGUUAUCUUGGUACAAUAAUCUUUUUCAAAACUCGUGAUACCAUAAGCACUGUUUUAUCGUAGAUAGGUGAAACGUUGCACAAUUCGCGCAAUAUCGCUUGCAUAUCUCGUACUGGAAUUUUGUGCACUGCCAUAGGAGUGCUGUUGAAGAAGUCGUUUGAUAUCACCUUAAUUCUUUAAUUUUAGCUUUUUAAUGAUAUAUCAGGUUUUUAAUAUCCGUAGAUCCGCCAAUUUUGUAUGAUUCACAGUGAUGGGUAAAUUUAUUUGUAUAAAUUUUCUAGCAACUUUAUUGUAAAAUUGGUGCCGGUCUUGAGUCCGUAGAUAAUUUUGCUGGACAUAAUUAUGUGCAGCGAAGUAUGUAAAAAAUUUUAUCGUAUGUAAAACAUUUAUGCAAGAAGUUACAAAAAGGACGUUCAAUAAUGUCAUCGAAAUGAUGCUAAAAACUAAAAGUAUUAAGAAAACAUUCGUUUUAAAUAUUUAAAUUAAAUUAUUCUGUUGCUUAUGGAGUAUUGACGCAAACUUGAUUGAGUAAUAAUAAGUCUUCUUUUCCUGUCAUUCCAGACGGAAUAAAAAUUUGUGGAAUAAGAAGAAAGUAUCGCUACUUGAAAAUUGCUCAACUCUUGAUGAUUUUACAUAAAUUGGAUGCCGUAGACGAUCUGAAGGCCAGAUCGAGGCCCAGCGUCGUACUUAAUUGAUGCAAAUCUUAUGCAAUAAAAGUUUUUUUUUUAAUACGCGGAUUUUUAUAGGUUAUGUUAUUAGGACUAACUGUAAAUAGAAUGCUGUUAACUUGUUAUUUUAAGCAUAUCAUAAUGUACCAUGCUCAUAUCAUGCUCACCGCCGGGCGCUUGUAAUCUUAUAUCAUAUUUCCAUAUCAUAUCUGUGUAUCAUGUAUGUCUAUGCCUUGCUUUAUGCCGCAUUGCCUUCAAUUCUUGUGUCCGCGCGCAAACGAACUUCUAUUAUUAAUUGUCCUAUGAUGUUGGCUUCUCAUGCGCUUUAUAACUCGUCCUGUUAGUGCCCAGUCUGUUAGAUGACGCUUGAAAUUAUACUGCAUUUCUUUUAAUGAGCAACAAACCGUUGCUCACAUACGCUGCGGAUUUCUGUCCAGGUAAUCGUGGAGAAUUAUUUAUGUGUUUUCUGUAUUUAUAAUUGUGAACUCGUAUGUGGAUUUGGUGGGUAUAAAAAUAUUUCCUAUUGGUUACUGCAACAGAGCUUUGCCAAUGGACUUAGCUACUAGCUGAGAUAUCGAAUUUGGUUGCGUCUUCACAUUGUUUCCUGGGAGCCGUUACCAUCAAAACCUGCCCCAAACAUAUUCCAAUGUUAUUUCUUGAAAAACGCGGGUUCUGUCGAUCUUAUUUCUGAAUCAUUUUGAUUCUUCUUAAUCAAAUCUAAAUCGCUUAUAAUGAUUCUUCUUAAUCAUAUCAAGAUCGCUUAUAAUCUUUUGUUUGCACGAUUGCACCUGAGGAAAUUUAUUUUUUCCAGCAUUUCCGUUUUUUUGUUUUCUUUAAAUUAAUUUCAUUACUUGAUACUUGUAUCAAUUGGGAGGGAACUGAGUUGAUUGUUAAAAACCGAUUUGAGUGAGCAAUUUUCAUCAAAUCGUGAGUCUAAAUUCCAUUCAUCUGAAAGUUAAGGUUAUCAUGUCAGUUCUCAGUUUUGUAAGUAGAACAAAUUUGUAUUUGACCUUUUGAGGUUCAGGUUCUGAUGGUAAAUUGUGCUCGAUGCAUAUCAGUUUAGUACCUUAACCAUAUCAUUGCAGCACAGCACUCUUCCAUCCGCCGCACGUCAGCUUGCCUUACUUACGCUAUUGUUGUAUUCUGAGUGUCCGUAGUUCUCUGUCGAUAGUAUGUAACUUGUGUAUUGUCUCUUUCAACUUACAUGAGACUUUAGAAUCUUCUAGUUAGAUGUUCCAUAGCUCAUAGAUAUGUAAUUAUUCUAGUAAGAGCGAGUUAUUUUCAUCACAGCUUUACGGCUAGGCUUCAGUAACCUCUGCCAAAAUGUCAAAAACUGGUUGGCAGUUGUGCGAGAUCAUUCUAACUUUUAGUGAAGGAAAGAAAACUAUUUCAUUCUGAACGCCAUUCAUGAAUGACGUCUCUCGAUCGUUGACAAUGCCAUUACUUACGGACUACUUGUAACUGUGGGGUGUGUUCCAGCCAAAAAUUCUAUGACUUCGUUUACGACUUGAUGGCUCGGACGAUUAAAAAUUGUGUUUCAACAUGCAAAAUCAGAUUAAGAAUCGUCUGCUACUAGUCAGAUUGAUUAUCAAAACCGGGGACAUGUUUACAUUUAUUAUUGCCAUCGAAAAGACCAAACAGCGAAAUAAAUAAGCGAAAUAAAUUUUACUUCAAGCAAGAUUUUUUAAUUUAUGUCAAAAAUUUCUAUUGUAACUUGAUUCUUGAUGAACCUAUCGCCUGAAACGCUCAAGACCUUUUUUUCAUGGCAUUUUAUACUUGAAAUGGAAUUCAUGUAUUUUUUGUCUUAAAAACUUGAUAUUUUGACUUUGACAAGGAAACCUUAAGGACUUGUAAUUUUAUAUUUGCCUAUGUGCUUACCAUUUAAUCAUUCGUGUAUUAUUUUAAAAUGUUGUAUAUUGCGUCUUUUGUUUGGAAUGGAAAAUUGCACUAUAUUUGAUAUACGUCUAACUUUUGUACCAAGAACAAUGUUGUUUUGUGGCCCUUUUGAUCUCCUCGCGCGCUGCAUUGCCCCUAUACCAACAUGGCAGCUACAUUUCAUGCUACAUGUUAAGGUUUAAAUGAGAAUAAUGUGCAUUAAGUGUCGACUUCCUCACGUUUAAGUAUAAAUGACAAUAACGUGCAUGAAGUUUAGACUUUGUCACAGUCCUCGGUGUUCGCGAUCGCAGCAUGCAGCGUGGUAGGAGUCUAAAGUACAUUGACGUUUGUAUGUAUAUUCCGAUUCCCUUCGGUUGAAUUGCUUGCUCAUUGUACAAAGACUUGUACAGUUCACUUGUUGCUGUCGAGAAUAUACCCUAUAGAUGAUCAUUACUAGGAUUAAUAGCAUAGCUUGCCAUACUACUUAUAAGGUCUUCUCCUUCAGUAAAAAUCUUGGAGCAUUAACCAUCGAGAAAGCAACUCUUGGAAAGUUCAAAACGAACGGCAUUUCAAAUCCACCAUAUCGAUUUAACGUCUGAGAAAUAAAAUCGAUUUCUCACCGCUAAUGUUAAGAAUAUUAGUUUUCACGGCUGCCUUAUUUAUAGUUGGUUUCUAUUGAUUACCCAAAGAAACUUCGGGAUAUUUUCUUCAUUACGGAAGGAUGUUUGCUCAGGAUGGCGUCUAACCAAAGACAUUUAAGUGUUCUUGAGCCUUCAUUGCGCUAUGGACGACCUCUUGCCUUAAUGCAGGGUACUUUUAUUGACUAGUUGUACGACAAAACUCACUCCGCAGUUUGCUUUUCUUGUUUAUUAUGUUGCAACUUUGUUGCUCAACGCCAUUGUCUGACGUUCAUCCUGAAACAUCGUUGAAUUUAAUUUAGGAAACUGUAAAUUUAUAUUGCAAUUUUUCACAUUAAGGGAAACGAUUUGUCCAAUUGGUUUCCAGUUUUUGCUUGAAGAAGCUUCAUCCCAAUAAGAUCUCAAUUAUGAUAUUUUUGAGUUAUACCAUUGUUUUAAAUCUUUACGAUUGAUGCGGGAUUAGUUCGAUAAAUUGACCUCAAGUCACAGAAAAUGUCUCCAUUGUGUGAAAAAUAUUUGAACGACACUUGGC